AGAGAGCUUUGAAGACAUGUAGCUUGCCAUCCCAACGCUUUUGGUAUCCCCUCCUGUGCCGAUCGCUUUAACAAGAUGAAUGCAGAAUUCAAAUCCACCUUAUCGAAUCUUGAGAAGAAGCUCAAUGCCCUCGUGGUCAGCCUAACGACUUCGCCGACCGCCUCAGGCGCCCCCGCCGCAGCCGUGAACCUGUUAGAUGCCGACGACUCGUUGACAUCCGCCGUUGAAACACUCAAAAAGCACCAAGGCAACUAUGCUAGGAUUUUACAGCUCCGUGCGGAGGCUCAGAGCCUAGAAGAGAGAGUAAAGGAUAUUGUGCGGCUUGUGGUGCGAUAUGAGAAGGAUAUCCGGACGGCAUGCGGCGAUGAUGGGAGCGACUCUGACUCUGACUCCGACUCCGAUUCGGACUUUGAUAUGGACGAGAUGAAAUGCGAAGACCCGACGAGCGGAAUCGGUCGAUCUGUGAAUACACGAAGGAAGGAAGUGGAUUACAAGCUCCUGCUGGACUUUGCGCGAAGGAUAAGCAAAUAUAACCACCAAGCUGCAGCCGAUGCCGCUGCCGGGGCGAUGAAAGGUAAAUCAGGAGGCAAUGGCAACGAUAUGGAAAUGUCUGGAACGAAUGGGAAUCCAGAGGGAAACCAGGAUACAGAACCUGUGGCGGCCGUCACGAAGGAUGCUACGUCGUGGUUGGAUGAAUCGGCGAGCAUAGCUCGACAGGCUUAUAUGCUUCCGUAUCCGAUGGAAGAUCGAAUCCGCAUGGGGCUCAUGGGACAGAUACAGCUGGCUGCUGCGGAGGGGCGGCCAGACUUUGAUCCUGACAAGGAGGUGGAGCGGAUAAUUCGUGAGGCGGAAGGGUUGGGUGUUACGGAUGUGGUGGCGUCGACUGAAGCCGGUGAUGAAAGCCUCCAUGCGAAAGAGGCUGCUAAGGCUGCUGCUCACGCUGGGUCGGCUGUCGCAUCUCGAGUGUCAAUGGGUGCAGCGCCUCCCUCGAAGCCCAAAGCUACGCUAGAUCUUGACUUGUACGACCCGGACGAAGAUGACGAUUAGAGGGGGGGGGGAAGAAAGAAAGAAAAAACGUCCCUUAUCAAUUGCUCAAUACUAAUUUCUGGGGGCUAUCAUGUCGAAAUGCUUUUCUUUCGGAUAAAACCGUCACUCCGAUUCUGUGUCAACAAUCUGUAUAUAUAUAUCUGACCAGAUCUAUUCCAACCAGGUAGCAUUUUCCAUUGCCUACCCACGAAGUCGAAUUAUCACCUCUCUCUGCGGCUACGUUUUCGUAAAGUGUAGCCUCGAUGGGCUUCUCCUGAUCGGAC